AGUGUCGCGCGCGCUCAGCUGGGCCCGCGCCGCCGCGCUCCGCCCCGCUCCCCCGCCAGGCGCAGGGCGACUAGGAAGCGGAACAGCCGCGGCCGGUUCCCCGAUCCGCGGCCCGUCGGGGGCCGAGCGCGGGGCCCGGGGGCCGGCGGGGGCAGCGCGGCCGAGCCUUGGGCGCGGAGGGGCCGCGGCUCCGGCCAGGGGCGUUGAGGCCCGACGGGGAGCCGUCGGUCGCUGGGGCCGGGGGGGCAGCGGCCGCGGCCGCGGUCGCGGGGGAGCCUGGGGAAGAGUUCGCCUCCCCGGUGGGGAGCGGGGCUGCCGCCGCCAGCAAAGCUGGGAGGGCCGCCGGAGGCCGCUGGGGCCGCGCCGGAGUCGGGGUGCGUCGGCAUCCUCCCGAGCUGGCGGCUUUGCGGUGCAGCCUGGGGGUGCCUGGGGCCGCGGGUGCCCGAAGAGCCGGAGCAGCCGCCACCGGGAGAGCUGGAGCGCGGAGGCUGCGAGGCGGCAUUGAUGCGGCAGCAGGUCGGAUCACCUCGGCUCCAUGGUGAGGAGAAAGAAGAGCCCCCCUGGGCCUGAGGAACAGCACAAUGGGAUGACAGUGAAACUGGGAGAGAGCAGCGGGGAGGAAGGGGUGAAAAAGCUGGGCAAGAGAGCAGGAGGAGAUGAGGAGUCCCUGGAAGAAGAAGGGGCAGGAGGAGGAGGAGAGGCAGCUCCAGGCAGCAGCAGCACAAAGAAAGAAGAGAAGAUUAUUAACAACAACACUAACAACAACCCCUCGUCGAACCCCAAUUUAGCGCAGGCCCCUUCCUCCCUCCAGCCGUCCCACAGCCAGGACCAGCAUCAUUUUCUCAGGUCCAGUGUCAGACCUCAGAGCAAGAGGUUAAAGAAGGAUUCUCAGGCAUCCUCUUCAGUUGGCAACAGCAGCAGCACCACUGCAAAAGGCAAAGCAGCAGAUAAUGGAGGGACUGCAUCUGGUAGCACUCCAGGAAUUCCUCCUAGCACUCCUGCUGCAAAUUCCAAGUCAGCGGCAAGAAACCUGGGCUCCUCAACUGGAGAGAAGGAAGAAGGGAAGAAGGUCAGACGGCAGUGGGAAUCAUGGAGCACUGAAGACAAAAAUACUUUCUUUGAGGGACUGUAUGAGCAUGGGAAGGACUUUGAGGCUAUCCAGAACAACAUUGCCCUCAAGUACAAAAAGAAAGGCAAACCAGCAAGCAUGGUGAAGAACAAAGAACAAGUCCGCCACUUCUACUACCGCACCUGGCACAAGAUCUCGAAGUACAUUGACUUUGAUAAUGUUUUUUCGCAAGGGCUGAAAAAAUCCUCCCUGGAGCUUUAUGGCUUAAUCUGCUAUGGGGAGCUAAGGAAGAAGAUUGGGGGAUGUAUGGAUGACAAGAAUGCAGCUAAACUCAAUGAGCUCAUUCAGGCUGGGGCCACGACUGUUCGCUACAAAGGGAGAAACCUUCGUAUCAAAGCUCCAAUGUGCAGGGCUUUGAAGAAACUCUGUGAUCCAGAUGGCAUUAGUGAUGAAGAGGACCAGAAGCCAGUGCGUCUUCCUCUCAAGGUCCCUGUGGAGUUGCAGCCACGAAAUAAUCACGCGUGGGCUCGAGUGCAGAGUCUUGCCCAGAAUCCACGGCUUAGGAUGAUAGUGGAGUUGCAUCGGAAGGUCUCCAGCCUCAUUGAGUUCCUGAAGCAGAAGUGGGCUCUCCACGAAGUGCGCAUUCGUAAAACACUAGAGGAACGGCAGCUUCAAGACACCAGAGACUCAGAAACAAGAGGCAGCUUCUCAGAGGAGAAAGUGAUGCUCCAUCUUUUUCCAGGAGAGAAUUGUACACUCACCCCUCUGCCUGGGGUAGCCAGAGUGGUCCACUCCAAGGCUUUCUGCACAGUGCAUUGGCAGGAAACUGGCAAAUGCAAACAGAACACAAAAGACUCUCACUUACUACCCCCCGCACAAAUCCUAGGCAUACAGAGUGGUCAGGGGACAGCUAGGGGACAACUAAAAUACACACGGGGAACAGAAGGUGGUAAGAGUGUUGGAAGGGCAGAGAGCACUACAGAAUCAAGCAGAACCUCUCAGCCCACAGCUGAAGUUUCUGCAGGCACUGAAGAUGGUUCCCCAGAGACUGGCCUGGUGGAAGGAACAGCCUCAAAUCUUGGCAUCACUAAUUCUCUCAACAAACCACCUUCUGGACUUCAAGAUCCAGGAGGGAGCCACGAAAAGCUGAGCUCAGUGACCUUCUGUGUGGAGGGCAGGGAGGCCCUGGCCAGUGACCAAGCAACUGUACUACCAUCAUGCAGCACGGCUUGUGCUUGCAGGAAGAUCCCUGAUGUGGAGGAGCUCUCUCUGCUCGAUCCGUUCCCACGGUACAUGAAGUCCUGUCAGGACCUGAUCGUCCCAGAGAAAUGUUUUUGCACAGACAAACUGCAUGGAAAAGACUCUACUCCAGCAGCUGGUAAUACUUCUCCUGUGGCUUUUCCAAGUGGGAACACAGAGACAUCUGAUGCCUAUUCAGCACAGCUGCCAAGAGGCAGUGUGGCUUCACCCAGCAGCGGCCCAUCCAGACAUGAAACUCAGGCUAGCCAUGGCCCCAGCCUACAGCUUGAUGCUUGUACCAAGGAGAUAACAGAUGCGGUAAUGGAGGAUUCUCAAGAGAAGCUGAGCUCCUCAUUUCCACCUCCACCUCAGGGACAAUCUAGUUCAAAGUCUCUCAAGGAUGACCCGAGCAGGCUCUCUCAACAGGUUAGAGAAGAAGGAUGGAGUCUACGAACUUCUGAGAGCCUUACGCUGGCAGAAGUCUACCUCAUGAUGGGCAAGCCGAACAAGCUGCAGCUGGAAUAUGACUGGCUGGCUGUCCUGGAGCCAGAAACCCAGGAUGUUAGGGAGCAAGCAUCUGAACCAAGCGCUGUUCCUACAUGUACCACCUUUCACAAGCAGAGACUCCUAAACUGCCUUUUAAAACUCAUCUCUACUGAAGUCAAUCCCAAACCAACCCCUGAGAUGAGCUCUGUUGCCACAUCGCCUAUAAAGCCUGCUCAAGAGGAACAGUCACUGACUCCUCCAGGAAAGGUGAUUGCCGUCAGCACCAGGAGUCCAGGUUGUGCACGAAAUCAGUCUGCCCUUCGCAACAGCAAGACUUUUUCUCCCAGUGCUGCUUCCAGCUCCUCAGGUUUGAGAAACCUCCCUAGACCUCUCUUGGUGGCUGGUCCUUCAAGUUCUGGAAGCUCUGAUGCGGAUGGUGGACUCUUUGCAGUUCCUACAACUCUACCACCCAACAGCCGCCAUGGGAAACUGUUCUUGCCUAGUAAAGAAGCAGAACUGACCUUCCGGCAGCACUUAGACACAAUCAGUAUGCAGUCAGACUUCUUCUUGCCAAAGCCAAGGAAGCUACGGAACAGACACUUGCGGAAGCCAUUGGUAGUACAGAGAACGCUGCUCCCUAGGCCAUCUGGAAAUCCGUCCCAGCACGUCUGUUCCUUUUCUAUCUUAUCCAACUCAUCCAUAACAGGGAGAGGUUCAUUUCGGCCAAUCCAGUCCUCACUGAAUAAAGCCGCUGUUUCUCGUCCCAUUGUGCCGAAGGUUCUUCCAACACAGGCUACCAACCAUCUGUCUAGUGCUAUUGAUUUGGCAGCUAAAAGUGCCGGUAUUAUUCCUGGUAGCCCUUUGCCUGUCCUGGAUGCAGAUGGUUUGUCAGGUGUAUCUCCACUGUCACCAGACGGAGUAACCGCAGUGGUAACAGGGCAGGAGUCAACAGUAGCACAUCAAAAUGGAGGCUCUAUCACCACCGUGGAGGGCUCGGGCACUGGGUGUCGGGUUCCAUUCAUCAGCCUGCCAACGCGGCAUGAGCAGCAGGAGGCAGUUCCUGAUGGUUUCCAGGGCACAUCAGUCCUUUCUCUGUCAGAACUAACCAAGGCUCCCCUCCAGAAUGGUCUUUCCACCCCUCCACUUCCCGCAUCAGAGGCUGCCAGUACCCGUCUCUCUCCUCCCAAUGUCUCUGCUCUCUUGGAUAUUUCUCUGCCUGGACCACCUGAAGAUGUGCUUUCUCAAGGAGAACCUGCCACUCAAAUCAGUGAUUCUAUCAUUGAAAUAGCUAUCAGCUCUGGUCAAUACAGUGAAGGUGUUUCUCUCUCUCCUGCAAAGCUGAAUGGCAGUGACAGCUCCAAAAGUCUUCCAUCCCCAUCCAGUAGUCCUCAGCAGAACUGGAUUGCCUCUCCCAGCCAUGAUCCCCAGUGGUACCCCAAUGACUCCACAGACUCGUCUCUCAGCAGCUUGUUUUCAAGUUUCAUCUCCCCUGAGAAGGGCCGAAAAAUGCUGCCGACUCCUGUUGGAACUGCGAGUGGCACCUCCUUACUAGGACCUAGCCUUCUGGAUGGAAACUCACGGGACUCUUUUGUGUCACGGUCUCUGGCAGAUGUAGCAGAGGUGGUGGAUUCCCAGCUGGCUUGCAUGAUGAAUGAGAACAGCAUAGAUUACAUAUCUCGUUUUAAUGACCUUGCCCAGGAGCUAUCCAUACCUGAGCCAACCCGUAGGGAAAUUCUGUUUGAUGGAGGAGGUGGUGGUCCCCCAAUUGGAGAUCUCUCACAGUGAGCGUACGAGACCAGCAGGCUGGUGGAGACUGUUCAGCUAAGGUGGAACUUGCAGCGCUGGAUCACAGCAAGGACAGGUCGUGGAGAAGCAGCUGAGGCUCAGUUGUACCUUCUUUCGAAAAGAGCAGCAUUGUCUUCAAGGGUCUGAAGAAGUACUUGCAAGUCCUGGAAUGUGCAAUACACUGGGAACAACAAAAUGUGGAAUAGUAUUAUAGGAAAUGGUGUGUCCCCUGCAUCAGUGGUAUAAGAUGGCAGGUUUAUGGGACAGUCCUGGACUUGUGCUGUGGAAUGGCCUAGGAAGAAGAAGCUGAAGCAAGAGAGGGUAUUGCCAGAAGUUCCCCUACAUGAAUUACUUUUUGCAUAGUAAUCAAAACACCAUGAUUUGGGAUUCACAUUGAAGUUGUGGAGGAUGAGGGGUGGGGGUGGGGUAUGGAAAGCAUUUUGCAUCUUGAAACGUCCUAGUUGGCACUCUUUUUAUGAAUCAGUCAAACUGAAGUUUCUUGCACUCUCUCCAAAGGCGCUAUGACUCUGCGAUGCUUCAUUUUUAUGCACCAUUCUUUUUCUUUGGCAAUGUUUUGUUGUUAGAACAUUCCAGCAGGGGCACGUACCUGCUCUCUUGUUUUGUAGGGGAGCUCUGAUUCACUCUGCUCCCAGAUUGCGGGGAACCCCAGGGAGUUUCCUCUAUUUUUGAACCCUAUCACGUGUCACAAUCGUCAUUCUGCUGACUGUACUCAUCUUCUCCAUCUUUAAGUGAGAUUCUUCAUCACAUUUCACUGUUCAUCCCAACAGUGGGAGAGUGCUUUUCUGCCUUCCCUGAAGGGUGUUUGCUUUUUCAGUCAGGAAACACUGCAAAAGAGCUCUUACGGGAAUCACUAGGAAAGCUUUGUCAUAAUUAGUCUUGGCUCUGCUGGACACCUGUAUAUAUUGCCAUCUUUCUCCACACAAAUGCGAGAUACAGUAGCUCACUGAGGAUUUUCCUGGGAGAGGAAAUAGGAAAGAGUAUUGUAAUGUAUAGAUACGAAUAAUAUUUUAAUGCUAAAAUUGUUGAAAUCUGUCUUGUGUCAUAAAAAGGAAAGAUGUCAAGUCCUAGCUUAAUCCCUUAAUCCCUCCUUGUUUCCUCCUUGUCCUGCUAGUUCCAGGUGCUCUGUAGUACCUCAGGGCAUCAUUUUUCAUUCUAGUCACUCCUGGGCACUAAUGGAUCUGGUAUUCCCUCUGUGAAAUCCCUAUGCAUUUAAUGGUAGUGUUUCAAUAUCUGAAAGACCCAGAUCCUGAUUUCAGCGGGUUCAAAGGAAUCUAAAGUUACUUUCUCUACAGCUGGUUUUCCUUUGAUUCUGCCUUUAUAACUCAGGAGACUUUUCCUAUUUCCUUUCCUACCAGUCUGGAGAGAGGAUACUUUUAGUGUGCCCCUUUUCUAAGCACUUCUCUGCUUCUCCAGUAAGAGGAUGUCCCUUGGCUAUUUUAGGGAGCUCUGAACUUAUCGAAGGGGCUAGUCCUACAUAAACCUCAACUUUAUAUAAGAGCUGUUUAUUAAUAAAUAAUCAAAACUUCUCCAUCUCUUAGGCUAUUAUCAGGGGUUCAUUUUCCCAACUUGCACUAUACUUGGUGGAUGUAGUUCUACCUGCCUUUAGCUACUUUUACAAAGCAUUUGACUGGGAGUUUCUUCUUGGAACUUUGCUCACAGUGCACUGAUUGGGUUCACUCUUUUCCCAGUCACUUUACCCUGCUUCCGUAGAUUUUGUUUUUUACUGCUAUACAGUUUGCCUUGUGUUCUCUAUCACUAAGAGAAAAUGUAACAUUUUCUGAUGCUUCUUUUCUGUGGCCCAGAGUUUGUUGACUUCACUCUAAAGGUAGCGGAAUUUGGAAGACAUUCCUGUGAUUUAUUCUGUAAGAACCCACAUGCAAGGUUACUACCUUCUCCUUUCUGAUGUAGGAACCAACAGGGAAUCAAGCCUGCAUCACUAGCAAGAAGACAGUCCGUAGCAGAAAAAGGGGGGAUUUUCAUACCUGUGGGCUAGCUUUCUAUUCCUACUGCAUGUCGUGUGGGGUCUUGAGUUCUUCUGUCAUUAGUUCCCUGUUAUCCUUACUGAGCCCCAUUGGAGAACUCUGUUGCAGUUACCAGGAGAUCAUGCAAACCUAGAAUAUAAAAAGUUGAAGGCUGUCAGGAAGUUGAAUGCUAAGUGUAUCAUUUUAAGGGUUCGCCCUUGGUGUGACGAGGGUACCCAUAAAUCUCAAGAGUCACUCCAUUUAAAACUUUCAGGUUUCACUUAGGGUUGAGGUAUAUUUUGGUUCGUUCUUUCCCCAAGUGUUUCCUCUUGGUUUUGGCUUCUCACGUUAGUAAUGCUGUUUAUCCUGUGUACUGUACCUCCAAAAAUCCUUCCAACUUUCAGGACAAAAACAGAGGACUCUUGCUAUAGCUGUGGCCAUGGAUUACAGGACAUGCAGGAGGAGAUGUGAUACAUUGUAACCAAGUACUGUAUAAAAAAUCCGAACUGUUAUUCUUAAGCUUCUAAAUAUUGAAAGAUCAGCCUGAUGGUCUCCCGUGUAUUACAUACCUUGACAGACAUUUCCAUACUCUCUCCCCAGGCUGGCAACGGAGGUGGCUGUCACUCUGGUUUUGACUCUAGGUUGUCUAGGAUAGGUGCCAGCGUUGCUGCACCUAUAUGGCAGGGCACUGCAUCAAAAUCCGUGGUGAGUUUCUGCCAUGUGAUACAGGUUGCUGACAAGCUGCCCCUUCUCAACCCAUGCAGUUGCCACAGGGGAAUAAUGAUGUUGUAGAAUGAAUGUCAGUAUAGUGGCUAUUUUUAGUGGUGUCCAUGAGAUCAGAAGAUUUUAAUAUCCUGAACUUUUGCAAGUAGACUUGGGGCACGAGGUAAUAGCAAAGUGGAAAUGACAGAGGUACUUGUUCAGCACUCAAAAUUUUUGUGGUUAAAACUGUGUUUAGCAUCAGCUUCUUAAAAGUACUUACUAUAAAAAAGAUUUUGAAAAUCCUUUUUUUUAAAAAAAAAAAAAAAAUCUCUUAGCAGCCUCCUGUCUCUUGAGACUUGCAGUUCCCAGAGACUUUCUGUAUUUGGCUUCUGAUUUCAGAAACAUAACACUCUGCAAACUGCAUUUUAAUAACAAAGCCCAUUCAGGAAAAGUAAAUCUUAUCAGGGAAAAAUUUGAGAACAACUUAGAUCAUUGUGCAUAUUUAGAAUUGAUGCAGAAUUUGUUAUCCUUAUUAUGUGAAAAGUCAUUUAAACAUACUUCUGACUCCACCAGUUGUAGUUUUCAGGUGGAUGUGCUUUACUUGCUGAUCAUCAUCAGUUUGUGUCUAAGACUGCCAAGGGAUAAAUUAAUGUCUUGGGUUUUUUGUUGGUUUUUUGUUUUUUUGGUAAAAUCCAAAAUUUUUUAGUAACUCCAGUUUCCUCAACUGAAGUAGCAAGAUCGACUUCUGUAAUCACGUCAGCUUAUCCCAAACAGAUAUUCAGGCAAGUUGAUAGUGAAACGCAGGCAGGAUUGUUUUUCAGGAAAAUUUAACUUUGUAAUCCUCAUAGCUGCCCGAGGCAAUGAAGGACAGUUGGAGAGGACAGAUGGACACUAACAGCCUGGUCUCCACUUCUGAUGUUAGUUGCUCUAAGGCUUGUUCCUGGCUUUAGGUUUUACUGGUUUUAAUUUUAAACCUCUGGUAGGCUUGCCCCAUGCUGGUUUAGUGACCAUAUGUAUAAUAAGGAAGUUCUGAGUAGUUCCCCAUGGUGAAAGGCAGAAAAUUCAGUAUUUGUUGCCAUCAUAGUCUGGGUGAAAAGCAGUACCACAUCCUAAGAAUUAGAUCUGCCUGUGUAUACAUGUGUGCGCUAACAGUGGGUUGUCUGCUGGGUGUUGCAUCCUGAUUAAGCGCACAAUUCAUUUUAUCCCUUAUCACUAAAUCUACUAAGCAUAGGAAUAUUGUUUUUAAUAUGGCAUUGUUUAGCCCUUUCUUGACACCCUUCUUUAUAUUUCUAAAUUCAAUUAAAUAGCUUCGAUCAAAUCUAACCUAUAAAGAGUUUCAUCUACUGACUCCACAGAUCCCAGAGUGGAAAUUAAGUUGCAUUUUAUUUUUUACACUCAGACUUCGGAUGCAUUUAUAAGGAAAGUACUGCACUUUUUUUAACCUUUUCAAACCUUUGAAUCUCUUAAUUUCACAGCAAUUUGUAAAUGUUAACUAAGUGAAACCUUGGCAAGCACUACGGCAAUAAGUUAUCAUUAAUUACUGAAACAUGAUAACUGCUUUAGAGCUUAUGGUUCUGGCAGCAAAAUUUAAUGCUGUUUCUUUUAAUAAUAGUUAAGCCAUAUCAUCUGAGGUUUCUGGCUUGUUUGAGAUGUGAAUUUGUUUUAUAGAUUAUAAAUAUACCUAUAUAGUGUAUGUAUAAAGCAGAAUGCCUGUCCUUACUGAUUAUUUUUUGUACCAUAUUGUAAAUUAUAUUAUUUAUUCUUUACCAAUUUUGGAAAAAGGUGUUUUGGUUAUUUAAUAUAAUAUACAAAAGCUGUUAAACUUCCUCUGUUUAAAUUUCCAAUUCAACUUGUAAAGCUGUUUUUAUUCUUGUGCAUAAAUACAUACUAAUACUUGGUCUAA